AUGGCGGUCGGCGGCGGAGCUUCCUUCUACAUCCCGGUGCUGUGCUUCGUCUCCGCCGCGGUGCUCCUGCUGCUGGGGGCACCGGUGCCGGCGGCCGCCUGCAGGUCGAGCCUCGCGAACGCCGGCAGCCCUCCCUACAACGAGACCUCUCCCCUGUCAGACAACGAGCCCUGUCCCCCGGUGGAGUUAGAACCCCCUUCUCCGGGGCCCUCUCCCGAGAAGGAGUACGAGCCCCCUUCCCCGGGGCCCUCUCCCGAGCAGGAGUACGUACGAGGAGCCCCCUUCUCCGGGGCCCUCUCCCGAGCAGGAGUACGUGCCCCCUUCACCUGGGCCCUCUCCCGAGCAGGACCCCCUUCCCCGGGGUCCUCUCCCGAGCAGGAGUACGUGCCCCCUUCACCUGGGCCCUCUCCUGAACAGGAAUACGAGCCCCCUUCACCUGGGCCCUCUCCGGAACAGGAAUACGGGUCCCCUUCACCGGGACCCUCUCCCGAGCAGGAGAACGAGCCCCCUUCCCCGGAGCCCUCUCCCCCGCCUGAAACCUCGUACGAGCCUUGUCCCCCUAAGGAACCCCCGAAGGAGCCUCCUCCCCCGCCACCGCCGCCUCCCCCGCCUCCCCCGCCGCCACCACCUCCACCUCCCGCGCCUGAACCCUCGUACGAGCCUUGCCCCCCUACGGAACCCCCGAAGGAGCCGCCUCCCCCGCCUCCCCCACCGCCGCCCCCGCCGCGGUUGUGCUUCGAGAACGAGAAACAAGCAAAGGCCUACGCGGUGAUUCAGCGAUUCAAGGAGAGAAUCACCGAUGACCCGCUGGGGGUAACCAGGACCUGGACGGGGGCGAACAUCUGCACCUACACGGGCUUCACCUGCGACACGCCGCCGCAGACCAUGGACCGGACGAUCGCCGGCGUGGACUUCAACGGGUUCACCCUGGCGGCACCAACUAUCUUCGGCUUCGUCGAUGAACUCCCCGACAUCGCCUUCUUCCACGCCAACACCAACAACUUCUCCGGUACCGUGCCGGAUCUCUCCAGGCUCCGCUUCCUCUACGAAUUCGACAUCAGCAACAACAGGCUGGGGGGGCCCUUCCCCGACACUGUCAUCGGCCUCAAGCAGGUCGUCUUCCUCGACCUCCGCUACAACGGCUUCUACGGGAGGCUGCCUCCCUCGGUCUUCACCCUCGACCUCGACUACCUCUUCCUGAACAACAACCCCUUCAACACGCCGAUACCCAAGAACGUCGGCCGCACAGGCGCCGCCUUCCUCACCCUCGCCAACAACGGCUUCACUGGCUCCAUCCCCAGCAGCAUCGGCAACGCCGCUCAAACCUUGGAAGAGGUGCUCUUCCUCAACAAUCGCCUCUCCGGUUGCCUGCCCUACGAGAUCGGCCUCCUCCGGCGAGUCACCGUCUUCGACGCCGGCAGGAACCGCAUCACCGGCCCCAUCCCGCUCUCCUUCGGCUGCCUGAAGAAGGUGGAGCAGCUCAAUCUCGCCAACAAUCGCCUCUAUGGGACGGUGCCGGACUCCGUCUGCCAGCUUCCCCGCCUGCUCAACCUCUCCCUCUCCGACAACUACUUCACCGAGGUUGGCCCCUCCUGCCGGAACCUCAUCUAUCGGGGGGUCCUCAACGUGAGGAACAACUGCAUCCCCGGGCUGCCCCGGCAGAAGUCGCCAGAGGAGUGCGCCGCCUUCUUCGCCACGCCCCCGUGUUACUGCCCCAACAUCCAUAUCGUCCCCUGCGAGACCCAACACGACGGCGGCUACUCCUACCCUCCCACGCUGCCCCUUGCGGCGCCGGAGCCCACCGCACCGCCGCCGUCCAAGACCUACUCCGUCGUCAACCGGCGUCUCCUCUGA